AUGCAACGACACCGACCUCAAGAGUUCACUGCUCUUUCUUCGCCCCUUCAAUGUUUGCCAAACUUUGGUUGGUCAUCCCUGUGGAAUCCAAUUACUCUGAGACUCCCAUAUGUUUCUCAGCCGCAUUCAGCCUCUGAACUCAUCGUGGAAGGUCUGAAGGACGGGUUAUUUCCGUGUCAAGGAGAGGCUGAAGGUCAGUCAUCAUUGUCAAGACCAUCGCCUUUCAGAAACACAAAGGAUACAGGUAGUUCAACGCUUAACAUAUCAGUGACCUCCCGCCCUUCAUUGUCCAAUUCUGACGUCACAGAAGAUCCAUUGUUAACCUUAAAGGCAUUAGAGGCUAACCCGUUCAUCACUCGGGCGUUGCUUUCAAGUCUGCCACGUAGACCACGAAGUGAAAAAAAGCCAAUACCUUCAGACCAGAAGGACCAGAAAUAUUUCGAGCGCCGUAAAAGAAACAACUUGGCGGCAAAGAAGUCACGUGAUGCCCGUAAAGCACGCGAGGAUGAAGUAGCUCUUCGAGCUUGUUUUUUGGAAAAAGAAAAUGCCAUCUUGCGAGCGCAGGUUGCAACACUCAGAGAAGAGGCUCAUUCUCUCCGACAUUUGUUGUUGCAGAAAAGACACAGACUGUGUUGA